AAGUGGAAGGAGCUCGGUUCCCUUUAAACAAGAUCUCGAGUUUGAGUCUUGUAAAUAGAGAAAUAGACAAUGGGAGGAGAUUCUCCCUUAUGGGGUCUAACGCGGCUAAACUCUGGGUUUAACGCGGCUAAACUCUGGGAAGUCAAGCUCAGUUGUGAGUUCAUUUUCAAUAUUGCUGAUGGAAACGUGGCAGAAAUGGGAUGUGCUGACUGGAUUGCCAUUGCUACUUUGGGCAAGCUCUCCGGUUCCUACACAGAAUCUUCCGCCACCAAUGUCUUAAGAGCAUACUGGGCUCCUUUACUCUUGCUACAUCUUGGUGGCCCUGACACCAUCACAGCUUAUUCCUUUGAAGACAACAAGCUUUGGAUUAGGCACCUCCUCAUCCUUGUUGUCAAAGCCAUUUUCGUCGUUUAUGUCAUUUGUUUGUCGUGGACCUUUUCUUGGAUCUCCUUUUUAAGUUUCCCUCUGGUCUUGGCUGGGAUUAUUAAAUAUGUAGAGAAGAUAUUGUGUCUCAAGCAAAAUAAUUCACAGAAAACAAAACCAGUCAUUUCUAAGUUCUUUAAUACCCAAAGUCCUCAAACCAAUAACUCUUCAGCCCUUAAUGACCAUCUAAAAGCAAACACAGAUGUGUUGGUUGGUUAUCUAUUGUUUAUAAUUAUGAGACCAGAUGUCAAUGAUUACUUCUCAUCCCAUAAUGUUUCCGAUGUUAGAAAAAAGGUAAAAGCUUAUAUCAAAGAAACUACAGGUUUAGACGGCCCUCGUGCUAUGGAAUUCUUUUUAAAAUUCAUUGACGACGAAUCAGUAGUUGUCAAAUCGAAUGGUGGUUUACACUCUUACGUUGCUGCAAUUGGGUUUAUAUUUGAUGUUGUUUACACCAAAGCUUCUUUGAUUUACACCAAGUUAGGAUGCUUUUUGCGCUUCACCAGUUUUGCUAGCUCCUUGUCAGUUCUACUACUCUUCUUUAUCAGCAUAAUUAAUGAGCCAAAAUUCCAUUUCUCAAGAAUUGAUAUUGGCAUAACUGGCAUCUUAUUGAGUGGAGCUAUUGCACUGGACCUUUAUGCAGCAUGUGUAAUGCUUUCUUCUGAUUGGGCAAUUCUUGUUGUGCAAUUUCAUGAUAUUGUGUUCGUACGCAAAAUAUUUAAGGUCGCCUUAAAGUGCUUCCCUUGCUUAUUGCGUCGAAGCGAAAGGUGGUCAAAUCAGAUGGGUCAAUUUGAUCUAUUGGAAUAUUAUUUGCGUUACAAUAAAAGGAACGUGAACCAACCAUGGGGCAUUCUACUGAAGAUCACUAAUGGCCGUGGAAUUGUUGAAAUGUGGAGCAAAUACUGGUUUACUAAAUUUGUGGAAGUUCCAAAUUAUUUGAAAAACGAUUACAAUUACGGCAACCUCUUUCAGUCAUUCUUUAUGGAGGAAGGAUUCAAGAUAUCAAGAGGAGAAAAGGCAAUACAACAUGAGCAACAAUUUGAUGAACUAAAAUGGAGCAUUGAAUUGGACUUUGAUCACAGCAUCAUAGUAUGGCAUCUUGCCACAAGUGUUUGCUACUUACAAGAGGAUCAUGAUGAAGAUGAAGCCAGUGUUAGCUCCUCAGAAGAGGAUCACGAUGAAAUCAAGAAAACCAGUAAACACGUAUCAGAUUACAUGAUGUAUCUACUAGCUAUGUGUCCUGCCCUGCUAUUGCCCGAGCACAGCAAGAGUUUUUGGCUUGAUCAUACUUAUGACGAGCUAAAAGGACUUGAGUUACCUGCAACUAAUUCAAGAAAUGCUGCUUCCGCAUUACUUUCUCAUCAAGAUAAUGUUCCCAAAGAGGAGAUUGAAUCCAGUGAGAGAUCAUUUGAAAACAUACUGGCAGAAGUGCUCCAAUUAGUCAGAGUUUUGAAGCAAUCAAGAAAUAAAUGGGUGCUGAUUAGGAAUGUCUGGAUGGAGAUGCUUUGUUAUGCAGCGUUUUCAAGUCAGCACAUUAGUCACCUUAAGCAGCUAGCAGAAGGCAUUGAAUUCCUCUCAAUCAUCUGGCUUUUUCCAAGUUUUGGUGUGAUGGCUAAUUUCUUGGAAGCCAACUAACGUGAUCAACAUCUGGGGGCUUGGUGGCCUUACAUCUCACUGAGAGAUCAUUUGAAAACAUACGGGAAGAAGUGCUCCAAUUAGUCAGAGUUUUGAACCAAUCAGGAAAUAAAUGGGAGCUGAUUAGGAAUGUCUGGAUGGAGAUGCUUUUUUAUGCAGCGGUUUCAAGUCAGCACAUUAGUCACCUUAAGCAGCUAGGAGAAGGCAUUGAAUUCCUCUCAAUCAUCUGGCUUUACCCAAGUUAUCGUGUGAUGCUUGGUUUCUUG